GACACCUCAUGCGAUCAUUAAUUCAUCCCUCCAUCAGUCCAUCCAUUCAUUCUCGAACUGUCCGGGAGCCGGACUCCCGCUGUUUGGACCGGACUGCUUCGCUGAUCGGACGGACACCUCACCAUGACGGGCCAUCAUUGGGGCUACGGAGAGGAGAACGGCCCCUCUGCGUGGCAUAAGGACUACCCCAUCGCUCAAGGUAACCGCCAGUCUCCCAUUGACAUCGUGCCGACGGAAGCGGUGUACGAUGACAGUCUGCCCCCCAUCAUGGUCUCCUACGACCACUGCACUUCCCUUAGCAUCUCCAACAAUGGGCACUCUGUGGUCGUUGACUUUGACGAUGGGGAUGGCAGGGCCGGACAGGAAGGGCUGACAGCUGGUCUCUACAUCCUGGCAGUGAUCAAGGGUGGCCCCCUGGAGGUGCCGUACCGGCUCAAGCAGCUCCACUUCCACUGGGGCGGGCAGGGCAGCCACGGCUCUGAGCACACCAUCAGUGGGAAGACCUUUGCUUCGGAGCUUCAUCUAGUUCACUGGAACGCUGCCAAAUACAAGACUUUCGGGGAUGCGGCUGUGGCCCCGGAUGGCCUUGCUGUCCUUGGUGUUUUUCUGGAGGUGGGCGAUGAGCACAGGGGUCUGCACAACAUCACAGAUGCCUUGUACAUGGUCAAGUUUAAGGGGAGCUUUGUGGAUUUCAAGGGCUUCAACCCCCGGUGCCUGCUGCCCAGCAACCUGUGCUACUGGACAUACCCUGGCUCUCUGACCACACCGCCCCUGCAUGAGAGCGUCACCUGGAUAGUCCUGAAAGAGCCCAUCGGCGUUUCAGAGAAGCAGAUGGGAAAGUUCCGGAUGCUUCUGUUCAGCGGAGAGGAGGAAGAGGACCGCAAACGAAUGGUGAACAAUUUCCGGCCCCCUCAGCCGCUCAAGGGCCGCAAGGUCCGCUCUUCCUUUCAGUAGCAUAGCUGAAUUGCGCUUCAGGGACCCCUGUGGAUGUCGUUUGUCACUUGGUAGAAAGAAUCCUCCCCCCACAGAAAGAGCCCUUAACAGUUCCCAGUUGCCCUGGGCAACAUCAGAAACGCACAACUGCUGUAGGGGAGCAACAAUUCCUCUCCAUUACUGUUACUGAUGCUCUAAAUCCAGGACCUCCCUGCCUCGACACACACUCUUGUCUGUUCUCAUGUGCGUGUUCGGCUUCUGUCCACCCGUUUUCACUGUGGACUCUGAAACUGCUGGGCUGUGAUCCUGGUGACCUUCUGUACUGAUGCACAGAACAAGUGUUCUUUCUCAGCUGUGUUUUUUGAUGCCGGUUAUGAGGAAACAUUUGCUGUAUCGUUACUGAUUCGAACGGAGUUGAGAUGCUCAUUUCCAGGGGGAAUCUGAUCCAUGUGGUUGGACCUUGUUGUUGGCUGGUGUUUGUGGUCCUGAUGAAAUCACCUCCUGUACAGUCUGUUCUCUGGAUCUCCUUGUCCCUGUAUCAGCUCCGUGAGCAUCGUGCUGGAUUUGUGUCUUCUUUCACUCCAGCCAGGGUGGAAACAGCCAAACAGGGCAGGGUUGCAGGGAGGGACCUGUUACUAUUUCCCAAACCCCUUUCUCACAUGGUUUCUACAUAAGCCCUUGUGCUUGGGGCACAAUUAACUUUUACUCUUUCCAAGGAACUUGAAUUAAAAUUGUGCAGAUUUAUCUAUUAAAUAUUUUGUUAACUAUAUUAGUGUAAGUGUGUUUGUCUACAGUGGGAGAGGUAAAUAAAACUGAGAGGAAAAAAUUGAAUGAUGCACAUAAAUAUUUCAUGACUUCUGGCCACAGGCAUCAGAAACAGUGUAGACUGUGACAGGAGUGAGUUCUCCUGCUUUCCACAGCAAUGAGACACCUGCUCGUGUUCCCUGCCGCUGUGUCCAGAAUGGCUUCUUCCGUCCAUUAACUCUCGCCAGGCAGUUUGCACGAAGGGAUCCACCUUCAAAUGUUCCUGCUUGUCACCUUUAUUCUUCUGAAAUCUCAAAGGUGAUUCUGAAGGUGGGAUGUGAGAAACUGCUUGUGGAUAUGUGUCACACACUGCUCUUGGAUCUAACUGGAAUUAAAUGUGGUAUAUAAACACGCCCGUGCCGUUCUCUUCAGGUGUGGACAUGUAACCCCAGCAGAGGCUGAAGGAGUUAGUCUUUGAUUUCCAAAUCACAAUCUUUUUACAUACAAUUUGACUUUGAAAGUAAAGAGCGACACAUUCUGAACGGAGGAAAGUGAAAGGUAUGAAAGAAAUCACGAAGCACAGAUGAGGGGAAAAAAAAUAUAAGCUGCACGCAGCGGUGACUUUUUCCCGUCUUUGGAUUCAGGUAAAUGUACAGAUUUCUCUGGAAACUUGCAGCUUGUUGUCAGCAAACACCUUCCACGCUCUAUGUAUUGAUCCCUAACAGACCAAAAUGUGCCCUGUUGCCUCGCCUUGGG